UCGGUUUCGCAGCGCGUUCCUCGUGCCCCCUCCGGUAUUACCACGAGGAGGUGCAGCCGUUCUCCAGCGAGGUCGCCUCCCCCGAGGGAUAGGAGGUGGUGAACCGUCCUCGGGAACGAGGGGACGCCGUCAGAACCUCCGUCCGCGAACUCCUCCGUCCUCAACGUCCUCUUCGUCGCGAAAUGCGAGUCGCGGGCCGCGACGACAGGACGCCGCAGGACGGGACUCGGGAAGUGCUCCGGUGAAAGGUGCCGCGAGAGAGUUCCUCUCUUUUUUUCCUUCUCUCCGAGGGGGCCCGACCUCGCCGGGACCAGAGCGCAGCUUCUUCUUCUUCUUCGAAUUCACCGUCGUCAUCGUCCGGAUGCCGGAGGCUUCGCGAAGUCGCUCCGCGAAGAGGAAUCCCUCGCGAUCGCUCUGCGAUCCUCCGCGGCCUUCGGCCGGCGAUCUUUGACACCUCGAGGGAACGUCGUUGAUGGACUCCGAGGCGAGGCCGCGAUCAUCCGAGACACGGUGACGAGUCGGCUUCGCGGAGCAGCCGGCGGGUUCGCGGGUGGAUCAAACCCCGCGGGUUCAACGUUUCCUUGAAAUCGAGAGGCGAUCCCGGCCGCGAGGCGAGGACGGCUCGACGAGGAUCGAGGAAGAGUCGGCGAACUUUCACGCCGCGUCCGAGGACAAGUCGGCCGAGGGACCAGCGACGAAUGAUGCACCUGGAUGACUCGCUUCGAUUCCGAGCGCCGUCCGCGACGACAGGUUUCCAAAUAGGACGACGAGAACCGUCGGCGGCGGCGAGCGAGCACAGCGAGACGCAGGUUCAACGCAUCUCCGACGUGCGCCGACCAGCGGCAAUUAACGCGACGCGCUGACGAUCGGGCGACGCGCGUCCUCGGGACGAACGGACAAGAAACGGCUCUGGAAACGAGAAUCCCUCCGGAACGAGGAUUUAAUGGCGGUCUUUCGCAGUUAGCCGCCGAUCGGCGCAGCUCGUUUGCGAGGCUCGCUGGUGAAGUAGCGGCUGCUGCGGAGUUCGGCGGAAAUUAUUCCGUCAAGAUCGCAAUCGCGCGCGCACGAGAGCAGCCCGCCCGGCGAUCAGGUUUCGCCGCGAGAAGAAAUCUCAUUUCUCGCCGCGCGUUCUCCGUCGCGCCGGACAAGGAUCACCGAGCGCGAUCCCUCGGUUCGAUCUUUCUUUCUCGCUCUCUCUCUCUCUCUCUAUCUCUAUCUCUAUCUCCCUCUCUCGCUCUCUUUCGCGAAACACGGGGCACACCGGAAGGACGGACUAAUUAUGCGAGCUGGUGGGCACCGUGGGCCGCAAAAUGAGACGUGAAGCGGCGCCGCGUCGCGUCGCGAGCGGAAAAAGAAGAAGAGGAACGCCCACGGAAGGAAAAGGAUUCGCGGAGGAUCUCCGCCGAGGAGAGGCUUCGAUCCUCAUUGUGAUCGGUAUUAGCAGGAGCUAGAGCGGAACGAGAGACCAGCAGCGGGGCCAUCCCGCCGUCGUCGAGCUGAGCGAAGCCGCAAUUAUCUCUCUCUCUCUCUCUCUCUCUCUUUCUCUUUCUCCCGCUCUCUCUUUGGUAGCUAACGACCACGGCCCGUCCCGUUCGGGGGAGGAAGACGAUGACGAUGACGGCCGGCAAUAUUCCGCUCGCGCUAAAAUCGCUGUUGCUCAUCGCCACGGCGGCGGCCGCCGCCUCAACGGUACCGGGGACUUGGAUAAACCUCGGUCUACGUCACUUCCCGCAACUAGAAGCGGCGCAGACGAUGGAGACGUACGACGCGGGUGCCUCUACGAUCUGCGGCGCUCUGAAGGGCUUGUCUCAAGGCCAAGGGAAGCUCUGCCAACUGUCCGUGGAUCACAUGUCCAGUGUGGCGAAGGGCGCGAAAUUCGGCGUCCUGGAGUGCCAGCAUCAAUUCAGAGACAGACGGUGGAACUGUUCUACCGUGCACGACGAGACUGUGUUUGGUCCGGUGCUCCGAAUAGCGAGCAGAGAAACCGCGUUUGUUCACGCGAUCACCGCCGCCGGAGUGGUUUACUCCAUCAGCCGUUCCUGCCGGGACGGUCAGCUGUCGUCGUGCGGCUGUUCCAGGAGCAGCAGGCCCAGGGAUUUGAAUCGUGACUGGAUCUGGGGUGGAUGCGGGGACAAUCUGGAGUACGGCUACAAGUUCACGCAGGCGUUCGUGGACGUGCGGGAACGCGAGCGUAGCUUCAAAAGGGGCAGCCGGGAGCAGGGCAGGAGCCUGAUGAAUCUACACAACAAUGAGGCCGGUCGCAGGGCCGUCAUCAAAAGGUCCAAGGUUACGUGCAAAUGUCACGGCGUUUCCGGAAGCUGCAGCCUCAUCACCUGCUGGCAGCAGCUCGCUUCGUUUCGCGAAAUCGGCGACUUUCUGCUAGACAAGUACGAUGGCGCGACAGAGGUCAGGGUUAAUCGGCGGGGCCGCUUGUCAAUGCGCGAUCCGAGAUUUUCCGUGCCCACUGCCAACGAUCUCGUUUAUCUGGACGACUCGCCGAACUACUGCCUUCCGAACGACACUCUGGGAUCACUAGGCACACAGGGCAGAGCGUGCAACAGAACAUCGUCCGGCAUGGACGGCUGCAAUCUUCUCUGCUGCGGCAGAGGGUACAACACGCAGAAGUCCACCAUCAGAGAGAGAUGCGAGUGCAAGUUCCACUGGUGUUGCUACGUCGAGUGCAAGACCUGCGUGAAGAAUGUCGAUAUCCACACGUGCAAGUGAAAGUAAAUAGCGCUGCUAUUUAUUUUUUUACGAAUCACUUCUUCGCCGCGGCCCACCCUCGCAUUGCCGAUGGUGUUUUGUAACGGGCCCGGCGAGUCCCGGUGACAGUGGCAUUAUCGUCUCUCUCAGCCAGUCUGCAUUCUGUUGGGAUGCACGCGAAGAUACGUCCUGCAUUAUCUCUAAUAACUGUCCAUCCUCGAGACGAACUCCGAUUACACAUCAUUAAAUCUCCAUUUCUGCCGAAUCUACUGUAUGCAGAAUCUACUGUACAUGGAUCUCUGAUGCGAUAUGAAUACUUUGUCUGUAUCCUGUCGAACGUCGGUUUGUUCUCGUCGUUAAGUUUCAAAACAUCAAGAUUCGUAGGUCGUAGGUCUCCAGAAUUUCGAUUUCACGAAGACAGCAGCAUGAAUGAUUUGCGGCCUACUUAAAAGAAAGAAGGAAUCUCAGGCGGCUGAAAAAGAUUUCUACUGUAUGCUCUCGUAGAAAUUAAGCGCCUGGCGAAUGUUUCAUGGUUAAGCUUGGUCCACAAUGUGCUCUUUGCGUCUUGUUUCUUGCUCUCUAUCUUUCUUCUGUAAAAACUUCUAUUUACUUAAGAAAAAGAGAUAGAGAGGAAGAAACAAAGAGCACAUUGUAGCUUUAAAUUAACGCGAUUUCCAAUUGAACCUGAGGCGAAUGGAAGUCACACCCUGCUCUCUACGAAAAUAUCGCGUUGAACCAACAAUCGUGUCACGAUAGCUGGGAGCUAACGAUUUUCGGUUACGUACGAUUUAACGGUGACGCGUCAAAACGAACGACUUCCAGGAACGCUAUUCCAGGAACCGUAUUUCGCGAGCAGGUUCUUCUUAACAUGGAUGAAUAUUUAUUAGCGACUCGCGCGAUUAUGCUGUGUAAUACACGGAUAAGUUACUUUAAGCUCGUAAUAGUAACGCUUUACGACGUAGCCAUAGAUGUAAAUUAUUUCAGGCGUUUAUUGCAUUUUUAUUUAUUUGCGAGUAAUUUAGUCUAGCGAGCCGCAAAACAGCGCGUGAAAGCGAACGACGUUGCGAAUCGGACUGAUACUUAAGAAUGCUGAAGUAUCAAUUGUAUCUCAAUAUAGGUGAUAUAUCGUUAUAUAUAUAUAUAACGAUAUAUAUAUAUAUAUAUCGCAAAUGUCGGUAAUAAAAGAAAAAAAAGAUUUCAGAUGACUCGAGGAGAUCUGAAAUUAUUUUUUUAAUUUACAUAUACAGGCUGAGACAGGAAUACCUCUGACAAUUGAGCAAGUUUGUAAGAAUUUGCGCACAAGUUGUAUUCAUAUAUUAUAAAUUAAUACCCUCUUACAUUCUUAAUCUUUCGCAGCAGAUUCGCCAAAUCUUCAGGAUUAUUUCCGUAUCAACCUGUAUAUGUACACAUAUAUAUAUAUAUAUAUACGUAAUUUAAAUUUUCUAUUAUAUAGUCACUACGGUAAAUCACUUAACGACAUUCCACUUGUAUCACGAAUUGUAUUUGAUGGAAUGUACUUGCCUUGGAUAAUGAGAUAACUUGUAAGUCAGCUAGCAUUGUAUUUCCAGUAUACUAGAUGUUUAUUUAAU